AUGGGAACAGGUAAGUCCUUAACUCGUAUUAUAUUAAUAAUGUCGCACAUCGGUAUUCGAAAUAUAGCUACAGAUCUGCAGUGAUUAUUUAGUUUUUCGUGAAUUAUUUAGUAAAUUUAGUCGGGAAAUGGUAAUGUGCAAUUUAUAUUCUAUUAUGAAUUGUCUGUAUAAAUAAUUUUAAUUUUUUUUUUCUACAAAAAUUCAUAUUUAUAUAUAUAUAUCGUUAUUAAAUUAAUUAAACGAAAUAAAUAAUUGUUUUUUUUCAGACUCUUAAAAAGGGUUUCUAAAUUAUCUCCUACUUUAAAAAAUUAGAAAGUUUUGCAUUUCAUAUGUUUUACUGACUACCUUAAUAAUAAGAUUUUUCCACUAAUCGAUUGGCUGAUACUCAUUAAAAGGAAAAUGGUACGAAAAAAUAUGCUGUUUUAGACCAUUAAGCUAGAGUAAAAUGCUCAUUUGCUCACCCAAUUUUAAUUUUCUAAACAAAUUAGAAUUUUUUGAUUUCUUGUCCAUAUUUUUAGUACGAAACAUUAUUGGUUCGCAGUUUUUUUUUAAUUCAUUUAAUUACAGUACAUGAUGAAUUUACAUUUUAUUCAUAAAAUUAUACCUCGUAUUUCAAAGCGUCGAAAAAAAAAAAUAAAAUAAAAUAUUUUUUCGAGUAAAACAUAGAAAAGAAGUAGAUUCAUUUUUCAAAACAGAAAUUGGACUUCUAGGAGUAUUGAUCUGAAUGUAUUGAAAAACGAAUCGUUUUCAACGGUUUUCCAUUGAAAAUCACAUUGUUUUAUAAAAAAAAAAUAAUCUAAAAACCAAUGAUAUACAAAAGGGUAAAUAUAGACAAACACAAACAUUAAAAAUUACAUAAACAUUAACAGUUUAACAAUGUGAGUUUAUCAAGUUGUAUACGUAUCUCUCUCGGAUUUCGUUUAACUUUUAUUUGAUGCGUUAUUAUAAGUAAUACGACAAUGGUAAAUUACUUUCAAUUAUUAAAAGGUUCAGUCAUUAUUAUAGUUCAGUAAAUUAACACAUACGUUAUUUAUUUUUUAAAAAAAAUGGUUAUAUCAUCUACAAACUAUAAUUUAAUAUUUUUUUUACGAUCAAAAUAACAAUUGCUAUCAAUAAGUUAAAACCGCACGGUAACUUUUGACAUUAAAAAAAAAAAAUGAUAAAAAAAGUAUCGUAUCUGAAAAUAAUAAUACGCGUUUUAAUAUUGUUAUAACUUAUAAGUAAUUGACUGGCACAUAAUAUUGCAUAAUAAAGUCUUUAUAUUCUGUACAUAAAAAAAAAUCAAUUUAAAAUGAAUCAAAAAAAAAUCGCAAAAUCUUCCAAACAAAAAACGCCUCCGUGCAAUAAGGGUUAUUGUAUUCCGUUGUAAGGCAAUUUAAGUUUAAAUCACUUUUUAUCUUAAUAAUUUUUCUGCGAAGUUAUUUUUCGUAAAUAUGGAAAAAAUCUUUAAGAUAAUAAUAUUAUUAAUUGUUAAAUUUUUAAUUAUACGCCAGCUGGUGUUAAAAUUAUGUUUACAAUAAACCAAUAAAAUACGUAAGUACACAAUAUGAAACUCAUAUUUUAAUUGAAUACUAUUAAUUAAUGUUUGUAUAUUUUCCACUAACCAACCCGUGUUUAAUAAUAUUAUAUUAUGUUAAUAACAUAAUAAAAGGUAGAUGUACUGACAGUAUUUUACAUAAAAUUCAUUUAGUUUCAUAAUUGUAUUUCAUUACGGUUUGGAAAUCGUAAAUUGUGUUCACUAUUUCGCAAUUUUCGGAGGUUCUGCAUUGUGAUUAUCAUCUUUUUGUGAACCAUACAGGACAAAAUAAACUUUCAGUUAUUUAACGAACCGAUUUAAAAUUAUUAAUAAUAUCUACAUAUAUAUUAUAUAUGUAUACCUAUAUUAGUUAUUUACGUCACAUUUAACACACAUCGAAUUUAAGUAUUUUUCACUUAGCGUAUAUACGAGAUAUUAUAAUCAUAGAAAUUGGUGAAAUACUAAAAUUUCUCAUCGUAGUAAAUCCUUAAAAUACGAAAAAUAAGUACUCUCGAAGUCGCGUUAUUUCAUAUUUCUUAUAUAAUAAUCAGUUGAUCCCGGACAAAUACACUUGCGCUUUGGUUCUUAGAAUCAUUCGACCCUCUUUUUAAAAGGAUCGCAAGCACAUCAUAAUCUCUAUUAUUGAAAAGUUUUGUUGACCUUUUUGUAUCGUCGCAACCGUAAGCCUUUCUUUCGGUUGAACUCAAAAAGCCCGAAGAAGAUUAGGCUAUUCCCUAAAGGAGAAUACAAACACAGACACACACACACACACAUACACCCAUACAAAAAACUUUAAACGAGAGUACUCAUUUGCAGUGUGGAAACUUCGAGACGUCCUUAAAAGAGAAAUGUUUUAUUUCUUUUUUAUGAUAAAUAAUAAAUAAACGGGGAGAAAAAAGUUAAACCUUUUAUCAAUUAUUAUUUAACGCGUUAAAAAGCAUUGAAAUGGCAUUUUUUUGAGUUUUAGCCGAAUGACCUUUUAUAGAUUCAUAAAUAUUAAACGUCCACUUAAAAUAUUAAUAUGCUAUAAGCUAUAAAAUUGAAGACAAAUUAAAAAUUAUAUUAAAAUUAAAUCAAAGUUACCUUAAUAUUGAUAAAAUUGAAUUUCGAGUUUAAGAACAAAUUUAAUCCUGAAUUAGAUUAAAUUACAAAAUCCGUAUUAUAAUUUAGAGUAACUAUUUCUUAUUAUUAUAUACCUUUUUCAUAAAUCUCCUUUUUUGCACUCGUCAUGGCAUCCUCUCUCCCGUCACUUUUAUACGCAUAUAGUCGCGUAGAUUUAAUAUAAUUUUGAAAUCCAUAUAGUAUAGGACUAUAAGUUUAUAUUUAUAAAUAUAAAGAGAUGUGUUUGUGGAAAAAACAUUUUUUGAACCGAUAAAGUUUAUAAAUGAUAAUGAAAAAUACCCCCAUUUGGUGCAUUUACCGCAAGCUUAAUGAUUAUUUUAAAAUUUUCCAAAGAGUAUACAUUCCAAUAAUGGAUACACAAUAUACAUGUACAUUUAACUAUACAAUAGUGUAAACUGUACACGCGCAAAGUUUUAAGCUAAAUAAAUUUUAUUCACAAAAAAAAGUGGCCCGACAAUGCCGUGCAGGAUAGCUAGUAUAAUAUGAAAGGUCCGUUUCCUGAAACGCUUUUUCGGUUAUACUUAGAACGUUAAUUGUGACGUUUAGAUUGAAACUAGAGUUUAAACACAAAUAACAAAAUUUAAAUUAGAGACUAUUUUCGAGGUCUGUAUGCAAUUUUUUUUAAAAAAAAACAUUUAAUACAAAAAAAGUCACGAACCGUGUCAGUUAUUGCAUUUUUUAAAUAACUUUAGUUCGUACAAGAAUUAUAUUGUUUGUGAUUUCAAUCUAAACGCAAUCUAAUGCAAUCCAAAACGUUCAUCCAAACGACACAAUUUUUAAUAUGUUUUAAAUAGCGUAAUUUUUUCUUUAUCAUUCGUUAGUAAGACGGAGACAACAUAUUUAUAUAUAUAUAUAUAUAUAUAUAGCCAAACAUUUAUAAUUUAUGGUUUUUGACUGCAAUGCGACAUUUUAUCAUGGUAGUGCACCCAGUUUCCUAAAUUUUAAAUGCACAUCAAGAGUGUUUCGCUGUUGAAUUGGUCGUUGUAGACAACUUCUAUCAGAUGAGUGCGAUUGACGUGCAAUACAUUAUUAUCAGUUAUUCUUUAACCAUUUAAUACCACUUAUAUAUCAGUUUGUGUACGCAAUAAAGAUUGUAACAACAUGUCAACAAUAGAAUGAUCCUUGAGCUAAAACAUUUGGUUUCAUUAAAAUUCGUAUGUAAAAAAGUUUUCGUCAUAAAGAUUCACAGUAUUUAAAUUCACAGCACCAGUUAUUUUAUGUAUUUCGAUAACCGUUGAUAUAAUACGCCACCGAUCAUAAUAUAUUAUACAAUAUCUAAUAUUUAUAUUUUUGAAAAUGGAAAUCGUCGAGUUUACAUAUUCUAUUCCAGUGGUUCCCAACUUCUCUUAUUUUACGCCCCCUUUGUAGCUUUAUACAAAUCUCUCUCACCCUCUCCUCUUUUAACAAAUAUGACGAGUAAAAAAAAAAGGUCAUCAAAGUGUUGAUGAGCAAACAAAUCUUAUCAAAAAUGUCAACUGUUCCCUGUCGUCUCUUCCUACUAAAUACGGCCGUGUUCGUAAUCUUUACCGAUACCCAAUCCCCGGUCAUUAUUAAAUUUUUAUUUUUUCCCUACAUUGUAAAAUACAAAUAAUUUAAUAAAUACAAACUUUGUUUCGUGAUUACUGCCUUCGUCCCCCCAGCAAUGUGUACACAUCUCCCCUAAGGAGGCACUCCCCCGGUCGAGAAACACUGCUCUAUACCUAUCAUACGGUCUCAGCGCUGCGCGGUUUAUGAAGUUUUUAAGACAGCGGCGUGCUCGCCCGACGACCGGUCAACUUCGAAGCGCCACCGCGUCACACUUCGUAAGUCCUUGCUCCGUGGCCGCCCGUCAAAGUUUCGACGCGCACAAAUCCGCGGGUCGCCGCCGUCGACCGACCGUUUUGUCGCAGCCGAACAACGCGCACAUCACAACGGAAAGUUGGUCGCAACCGUUCCGCCGCCGCCGCCGCCGCCGAACAGCCGCAGGCUGCGGCGGCACAGCUGCUGUGUGUAAUGUACGCAGCUUUUUCACAACGCCACGAUGUCCCGGCCACAGAACGGAGGACCGCGGGUGCGGGUUCCGGGCCGGCGUUACACCCGCCACUCGCCGCCGCACACUUGCGCGCGACAAACAUCCAUUAGCCGCCACUGCGAUGACAGUAUUUCCCGCCUCGGGACGCGUACAUUAUAUUGUUAUAUAUUUAUAUGAAUGCGUCUAUAUUUUAUUAUAAUAUAUACAUAUAUAUAUAUACAUGAGAUGUACACGUAUAUAUGUAUUAAAUACAAUGCGGCCGCCGGGGAAACGAAGCGGCGGCGGCCGUGACAGCGGCGGUGUUACAAAGUUAAGAGCGGCAACGCGCACUUCCGUAUCGGCCGUCUCCGUAGCACGGAGCUACGCGAUAUCGCAUUUUAUAAGGCUCUUGACGCGCGCGAGAACGCGUAUAAGCGGAUUUCGGAACAAGCUCAUUAUUAAACCGCAUCACGGCUGCCGCCACCGCCGAGCCUUUCUCCCGGGGCCGAGGUCUUCGCAUACACUUUUCGUUGCUUAUACAUAUAUAAUUACAAUGUAUAUGUAUAUUUUAUAAUAUUCCACCCGGGUAACGACACUUUGCGCGUUUACAGCUGCUGCUGUUGUGCAGUGCAAUAUAUACGACGGCCAACUUUUGUCAUCCCCCCUCCUGCUCCGAUACCGCAGCCGCACUUAUACACGUCAGCGAUCGUAUCGUUUACGGUCGGAUAAGCGCGAGUGUAUACUGUAAACAUAUAUUUAUAUACAUGUAUGGUAUAUAAUAUAAUAUACGGGCCUGAUUCCAACGAACUUUUCAACGUUACGGCGGUUUUGGGUGUCCAACUUUCAGAACGUUGCAGCAGCCCGAAAUUCGCGAAACCGCCGAUCCGCUCGUCGUCACGACGCCUACGACUCUCGCGUCCGUUUACCACACACGUCUCCGGAACGGUCUACACGGCGUCUUUUCUUUUAUAACACCGCGACGGCUUUUGUGCACGUAAAGCGCAAUAAUAAUAGUUCGCGAUACCGUGUUGACUUUUUCCGUCGAUGUUUUUCUUCUGGCUACAUAAGUUAAGUUUCACAACCUGAGAUUGUAUUGUAUCGAUUUGGGCAAAAAACAAACGAAAAAAUUAGAUUCUAACCAAUAAUAUAAUCAACGGCAAUCUAUUCACUUGUAAAUUAUUACAUUAAUCAAUUGUAUUACGAUUUUCAUUCAUAUAUAUAUAUAUAUAUAUAGUAAGUUAAAGGGAUUGGUGACGGUUUUCCAAUUUUUUAAAAAUUAAAUUUUUUAUUUAACAUUUUAAUAACUAUUUUAAUUAUAAGACUUGUAUUAAUCUACUGCCCGAUACCCAUUUAUAUGACGAAUAUGACGAUUUACCAGACAAAACUGUAAGGAUUGCAUUUGACGAAUUUCAGAAAAUAACUACGAUUCGUUAGAUUCUAUACAAGGAUACGAUGGAAUUAGUUUUUAAAUUUUAAUUUUCUUUAUUAUAUAAAAGGAAAAAUACUUUAAGUGCAUUUUAUUAAAAAAUACAAUCAAAUUUGUUUACGAUUAAUAAAAUAAUUAUACUUCUUAUUCCAACAUGUCCUAUCAUUGAGGACAAAUAACUUUGAGAAUCACAAUUCGUUUUCGAAAUUUGAAUCCGUCAAACAUCAUAAUUCCUAUACAGUUUUAUCUGGCUUUUAGCUCCCAGUCAACUAAAAUUUAUACGUAAAUUCAAAUAGAUCUUUACUGUUUUUAUUUUCAUGUGAUGUUUAUAUAUUGUAAAUAAAAACAUAAUACAUUUUUGCGCUUUACAGGAGAUCGAUUAUUGGACAUCCCGUGCAAAGUUUGUGGGGAUAGGAGUUCUGGAAAACAUUACGGAAUUUACAGCUGUGACGGUAAUAACAUAUAAUUCAUUAAAUACACCGACCGUUGUUUGUUGUAAAUUUAUAUUCAAAUAAAUUAACGCCAUCGAUUUGGAAUGACUGAAAAAUAAAUACGGUUGUGUACUUGUAUCGAAUAGGUUGUUCCGGGUUUUUCAAAAGAAGCAUCCACCGGAACCGGGUGUACACGUGUAAAGCGCAAGGCGAACUCAAAGGCAGGUGCCCUAUUGACAAAACCCACAGAAACCAGUGCCGGGCUUGUCGACUCAACAAGUGUUUUCAGUCGGCAAUGAACAAAGACGGUAAGUUUAUGUUGACAUAUUGAGAUUGCAUGUUGUUAUCAUUGAAUAUGUCAGCGCACUUAUAAAGUGGAAAUAAUAUCUAGUUUAUGGAUUCAGGGUUUUUAUUUGUAUACGAGGACAUUUUAGAUUCUGAUUGGAGCGAGGAAUGUAUUGAUUUUACGUUUUAAUCUGUAAACAACUAUUCUACCAGAAAUUUGUAGUCUUUUUCUGAAAAGAAAUUUGAUUAGGGUAGUACUUUAUGGAGGUCAUCUUUUGAUUUUCGUAGUUGUUUUCAUGAUAAAUGGAAAAACAGGGAAAAACACGUAAAAAAACCGGGAAAAUUUACGAAAGUUUAACGAAAAUUGUUAUAGUAAAUACUUAUGUAGGUGUAUUUUGUGAUAUAUGACUAUUAUGUAAUAUAACCAAGUACAAGUGGUUUAUCGUUAGCAAGGUUAAUCGUUGGGUAUAGAUAUACAUUAAAUUUCUCUUCUACCUUCCCAAUUUCUCAUUUACAACAGUGGUCCACCCAUCGUGCGAAGUUUGUCUGUCUUUUUGUUAUUAUCAUUCGUACACAAAUUUGAAAUUAAUUAUUAAGGCGAUACAUUCAUUCAUUUAUUUAUUUUAUUUUUAUGUAAACAUUUUUUUAUUUAUUUAUUUACUAUAUUACUACUGUAUUACUAUAUUUACUUUACUUUUUUAAAUUAUCGUUUCAUAUCGCAGCAACAGUGGCGGUUAUUCUAUACGGUCUGAGUUGUGUUGCUCCGUCAAAACACACACAAUUGAUUAUUGCGGCGAUGUACUGAUAUGAUGUUUGGUGGUACCUAUAAUUGAAUUUAUAAUAUGAUGGGCUUGGUUUUUCUCCGGUUUUUUUUUGUUUUCUAGUUUUCUACUAAAUAUAACUUACAAAUAAUACGAGUAUAUAAUAUACUGUAUAUUAUGUAUAGUAUGAAGGUGAAUGGGUCAUCAGAAAUACAACGUAUUCUUUUGUUGAGGAUAGCCGCCACUGCCCGGCAAAAUACAUUAUAACGGUAAAUUGUUAUAAUAAUAAUAAUAUAGUCGUUUCGUCGAAGGAUUGCUUUCUUGAAUAUAAUACACGCAUUUAACCAGAAAACACCGCAAAAGCUACUUCAACUAUGUGCCCGGUGAAACUGUUAAUAUUAUGCGUACCCACGAUUUUGCGGUGCCAUCGUGACAGAUCAUAAAAUCAGCGGCACCGCAUUGUGUUUAUUUGGGGAUUUAUUGUUUGAGGAAACAAUAUUCAGUUUUGAAUUAAUUUCGCAUAAUAUACAUAUUUAAUACGAACUACUGUAAUAUACAGGUAUAUAUAUAUAUAUAUAUACAUACAUAUAUAAUGUAUAUAGUUUACACUAUUAUACGCUUUAUUUAAAUGUACACAUAGAUAUUUAAAAAUAAUUAUAAUUUUGUUUAAUAAGUACAGUAAUAAUUAAGUAAAAUUUAAUUAAAACUCAGAAUAUGUAAUUAAAUUUAAAAAAAAAAAACUAUACUUAUUGUUUUAUAAUACUUGCAAAAUAUGGCUGGUGAUAGAAUAAUAGAGACUUUGCGUUUAAUUUUUUUCCUUGGACACUAAUUCAAAUCUUUAGUCAAUAACCCAAAUAGUAGUAUUAAACAAUGUUUUUUUUCAUAUACUUAUGCUUAAAAUAAUUAAUUGUUUAAUUACUCAAUAAUCGAUUUUUGCAUUUAUUUAAUGUGAUAACAGCGGCGACUUUGCUGAGGUAUAAACGGUUAAGACCGUUAUCAGUUUAUUAUUUUAAAACGUGUUAUGUAUUUAUGCAAGUCAAACUUGGCCGUUAAUUCACGUAAUUUUAUAAUAAUAUUAAAACAUUGAUAAUAUAUAUUGUCUAAAUGUAUUAAACUGUAGAAUAGAUCAGUGUUAACGGAUUAUAAUCUAAUCUAACAUUGAUGUUAUAACAUACGCUACAACACCUUUAUUCACAAACAAAAACUACAAAUAAUAUUACUAAAUAAUGUAAUAAAAUACCAUUAUUUAUCGAACUAUGAAAUAAUAUAAAUUAAAAAAAUAAAAGAGCUGAUACUGGGGAUGGGAGCAGCCACUGUUUUAGGUGAGAAGUUGGGAAGGUAGGAUACAUAAAGUUAUUUUAUUUAUAUCUGUAAGCAGCGAUAAACCAUUGCUUGACAAAAGACGAUCCGAACACAGUUCGGUAAUACAUAAUAUAAAGUGCCAUAAUUUUUUUUUUUGCGAUUUUCGUUUAAAAUUGAUUUCAAAACGCUUGUUAAAAAAUAAAAAAAAGUCGUCCGAUAAUUAUUUUAAUUUUAUCACGUCUAGGAAAAUUCCGUAUAAGUAUUAUUACUAAGUUUCAAGUCUUUACGUGUAUUUAUAUCCAAAUUACAGCAAAAUAACUCCCAAAAAUUAAAAUUCCUUAAAAACUCAAAAGUUUUGGCAAUGAUACCGUAAGAAAGUAAAUCAAAAAAGCAACAAAAAAGAUUUCUAGUAAUUUUUCGAUUAAAUCAUUUUUUCUGGUAGAAAACGUCGUCUGUGUUUUUAUAAAAUAAUAGAAUCGUGAAAUUGUACGUUUUCCUACGUUUUUUCUCACUUAGGUGCUUUUAUUUAAAAAAUGGUGUCAAAAAUAGAAAAAACUACCUGUUUUAAGUACAAUCUAGACAAUUUGAGCUUUUAGAAAAGUUGGUAUAUGUAAAAACCGGAACAAGUUUAAUGUUGAAAAACGUGUGUGUCUAUAGGCUAGAAAAAAAAAAGAAACAAAAAAUAAAAAUCUUAGUAAAUCCAAUAGCUCCCUAGCUACGCUCGGAAUCGAAAAUAAUAACUAUGCGAUAGAACAAAAUAAAUUAUAGGCGCGACUAUAGGGGUGCUAGGAAGACUUAAGCACCCCAGAAUUUAAAAUUAUUGCCUAACUGUUUUAAAAAUAUUUUUUGAGACUUGAAAUGUCGACAGAAUAUUUAUUUUUGAUUUUUCUAGACGCGGUAAAAUUGUCAAAACAUUUAAAAUGUCAGUUUAACACUAGUGUCUAUAAUGACCCUCUUCAAUUUUUAAGUAUAAAAGUUUCAUUUAUAAAAGAUACCAAAAAUAAUUUUAAAUGGAAUUUAUCUGCACUAUAAUGUUCACUAAAUAUUGUAGGUUCUGAACAGUUUAUUUUCUUCGCUGUUUUAUACAAUAUACUACAUUCGAUCGACAUCCGUCGCUCGUUAAGGGCUGACUAAAGAUUUUCGUAUACACGUCUUUUAUUUUUUCUUCUUCUUUUCUCUAAUUUCUCGAGAGUGUUGAAUAAUGACCCGCCUCCGAACAAAAUACCUAGUUUAUAAUGUCGUUAACGCGGAGUCUUCAAUCACGCCAAGCAAAACCUCUCUUAACUCUAUCCCCUCUCGUCUUUAAUUUUAAUUUUUUUUUUUUUGCUUCUUACCCUCCUCAGCCUUUGAUAAAUGAACGACGUUUUGCGCAAAAAGCUAUACACGUAUAUAAUAUUAUCUAUGUACGUCGCUCCAAUACUGAAUAUAGCCAAUUUUGCGAGCUUCAUUGAAAAUUCUCCGGCUAUUCGCGCACCCCUCCGUUAAUAAUAUAUCCUUUUCACGCCUCUCACGCCAUUCUCGAGGCGUAUGUAUAUGUGUGUGUGUGUGUGUGUGUGUGUGUGUGUAUGUGUUGUAUCUGGCCGUGUUGUAUACGUGUGAGUUUUUGACAGCUGAUAGCUGGAUUAACUGACUUACCAACGGAAAAACAAGUGUAAAAUAGAUGGGAGGGUUCGGUGACUUGAUACGCAAUUCAAAUGUGCAAUUCGGAAAAUGAUACCCAUUUAAAUAAAUAUAUGUAGAGAGCAGUUUUACCCCCUUAUACUUAACGUUUAAGUAUAAUAUAACGACAAAACAAGUUUAGUAUACUAUUUUUGACAUACAUCGCAGCUCCCAUAUUAUAUAAAACAUAAAACACACUUUUUUGUAAUCAUUUUAUCAUAAUAUGACAUAUACCAGUAUAUUGUUGAAAAAGCAACACUAUUCAACAGAACUCCACUCAGAAUCGAUUUUUCGUAAUGGUUUAUUGUUGCUUACAGAUAUACAUUAAAUUGCCGUCUGUAUUCUAUAUUUUCACCUUUUCACCUACAAUAGUGGUUGCACUCACGUGCGAAGUACGUCCGUAUUUUUUUUCUGUGUAACCAAGGUUAUUCAUAAAUCAAGAUAAAUUAUUAGAUUUUCGUACCGAAAGCCCCGCGUAAGCUUCCUUUAGGAUUUGAUUCGUGAUCACAGCCUAUGUCAUCCAGGAUUAGUGUAGCUAAUCUACCAGUUUUACCAUUGAAAGAAUUUUCAUAAUCAUAUCAGUGAUCAUCUCCUACAAACACACAUACAUAAAUACAUUUCUACAAUUUUUUCUCUUAAAAGUAAAAGUAUAAGAAAACCUAAUAAUAAUAAUAGAUUUUUUUUACUGUGUUACCAAGGUAACUCUUAAAUCAACAAAAACCUAUUUACAGCGCGAGACUUUAAUUUUCAACGCUUUUAAAUAGUGAUUAAAUAUGACGUUUUAAAAUAUAAAAAAUGAAAGUUUAUAACCACCGUGUUAACGUAAGGUAUAUAUAAAUAAAAAAAUUUAAAAUCGGUCCAAUAGUUCUGGAUAUGACCCCCUACAUACAAACAAAUGUUACAUAUUAUAUAGUAUAGAUAUUUUUUGUUAUACAAAUGAUAAAAAUAUUUUAAAUUAACAGCAUAAUAAUAUAAUGUCUCACAAACAUCACUUUAAGGAUCUUUUGAUUUUAGCAUUCAUGUAUUAAAAUCAAAAAUGUGUAUACAUAUUAAUUAUCGUUAUUGAUCUGUUACAUGUAAUUUAUAAAUACGAUUUCAGAAGUUAUAAAUGUCCUCACCCCCCUUUAAAGUAUAUAGAACAGUGAAACUACUGAAACUUCAUAUGUUUAUGAAAAAACCUAUCAAUAGAAACUCAUUACUACAAUCGGGUGUUUUUAAAAUUAAUGUUACGCUAUAUUAUUACUUAUAUUUUUAUAUAAUAUAUAGGUACCAAAUUCUAAACUUUGCACUUUAUAUUAUUGAUGGAAGAAAGUUAUCGCAUUUGUACAUAGUGGUGUACUUAGAAAUAAAGUACCUACAUAAAUAUAGUCUCAAUCAAAAACCAUCAAUAAUAAUCGAAUAUAAAACAAUAAAAUGCCCGUAUGUCUGCGUAGAUCGUUAACUAAAACAACAGAAAUGUUUCGUUUUGAAUAUUCGUUUUGAUCAAAAAGGUAUAGUGGAUAGAGAUUAUUUGAUAAAGAUGAAAAAAAAACUGUUUUAUAUUAUACGGGUUGUUUUCUAUAGUUAAACAUAAAAAUAAAUCAUCUGGGCCACUACGCCGUCGUAUUCUUUGAAUUCGUUUUGUGUAACGAGAACUUGCGAAAUCACAAAGUUUCCUACCUAUCCACAUAUAUACAAGCUGUCAGUAACGCGGCGGUGAAAAGUAUAGGUAUCUAAUUUAAUUUCGAUAAAAAAUAAUAUGAAAAAAAAAAAAAAAAAACAAACCGAAAAUACAAAAUAUUGUUAUUUGAAUACAAUUCACGAUAAAUUGAUAUCGAUGCCCCCCGGGUGUACGUAUUGCAGGUGAUUUAGACUAUAUAUUAAUACACACACCGUAUAUAGUACAAUAUACGGUAUGAUAACAAAAGAACUGGGACAACAAGGGAGACUAUAUAAACGCAGAGACAGUUUUCAAUCAGCAGUAAAUAUCUGCGAACAAUGAAACGACCCUCGGAUAUAAAUGCGUAUUGAUAUCGGCGUGUAAUCCGACGAGCGAUGAAUUAUUAUUAUUGCUUUCCGGGUAUUUGAAUAAUAUCAUAAAUCGAGUUUUAAUAACCAUUUUUCCCCCGCAAUGUCUGAUUUUAUAAAAAUAAAAUAACUAUUCGAAAAGCUCAGACUAAAAAAAUACAAAAAAAAAUCCGCGAAACGUUAUACCGGGAUAAAAACCAUAUAGGUACAUAUAGCAUGUGUUUUUCCCGUGAUUUUGACAUUUAAUGUACAUCGUCGAACGUCAAAAUGCAAUAUCGGUGAAAUGUUAAAAUGAAGCACACGAAUUCCGAACAAUAUUUAAAGACAAGGUUGCGAAGUGUUUUAAUCCCUUUGUUUUAAAAACGUUUUAAACAAAUUCCUAUGCCUGAAACGUUGUUUUGUACAAAAAUGUUUUAAUCGUUCGAAAAUUCAAUUCAAAUUACUAAAUAUUAUGUUCUGAAGAGAGAAGAUACAUAAAUAUAUAGUUUCUAUAUUCCUCAAUAUAAAUGACAAUUUCUAGGAUACUCCUAUAAUGCAUUUAGCUGAAGAAGUAAUAUUUUUUACAAUUAACUAUUAUUAUAAUAGGAUGUUUGUCAAAAAAAUUAUGUUUGGAACAAAAACAGUUUUAUUUUUUUAUCACCCUGCAGUAUUACAGGCACACUCGCCCUCGUAAAAAUAAUUUUCACCUACACGACGUUUGGUUGUUGGAGACUGCGUCCGUUUAUUGUCUUCUAAUCAAUAUUAUUAUGAUUACAUUAUAGCGGUGCAACACGAACGAGGACCGCGCAAACCAAAGUUACAUCAUCACCACCAUCAUCAUCAUCAUCACCCGAUGAAGGACUCGCCACAGUCUGUCAGCCACCAGCGACAACCCGGCCAAAUCCAGUUGAGCGCCGAACACAUGAUCCAAAAGACUUCUUCGGCGUACCCGAAACCGCCUAUGGAUGCGUCUUUGACUCCCGUGCCGCCGCCGCUGCCACCGCCGCCACAACAGCAACAGCAGCAACAGCAACAACAGCAGCCACCGCCGCCGCCUCCACCACCCACACUUUUGCCGCCCACGCCGCCGCAGGGACCCGUGUUCCUGGGACAACAACAACCACCGCCGCCCGGACUUUUGCAAAUACUUAUGUCGGCCGAAAAAUGCCAGGUAUAACAUGAACCAAAUCGAUUAUUAUUAAUGACCGUAUAGUAAGUCUAUGACUUACAAACACUACGCCAUAGUCACUAUACAAUAAUUAAUGUAUACAAUUUUUUUAUUUCACCAUUACCAAAAUGCACAAAUUUCGCGUCAAUAUAUUUUAAUAAAUGUUACUGACAUUAAAUCCAAUAAUAAAUCAUGCGGAUAGGGUAUAGGUGUAGUAUACAAACAAUAUAGGUAGGUACUAAUUAUACAGGAUGAUUCACUAAACGUACUCAUCCCCUUUUUGGAACUCUCAAGUGUAAUUAAAGCCGAUAUAUUCGAAUACAUUUUUAACAACAUUUAAGGAGUAUUUUGUGGUGAUAUCAACUUUGGUUUUUUAAAUGAGAACUUGUAUUAAAAAUAUGACUUUAAAAUUAAAAAUUAUUCAAAAAUACAUAAAAAACAAUUAAUAACAAACCGAGUCAAAUCAAUAGAUCUUUCAGAAAAAAAAUACCUAUUAUUAUUAACAACAAUUCAGUGAGGGAAUAAUGUAUGUAAAAAAUUAUAUUGAUGCCAAUGAGAAUACCACUUUGUUUAAUUGUUUUAUUUUAAGCCAUUAUAAUCCAAAAAGUACCAUGUACCUACCGGAUGAGUCAUUUAAAUUAGUACACUCAUUAUCUUGGUAAGUAUUAACUUAUUUCGGAAUUAUUUUUCUAGAAAAUAUUUUAAGAAAAAAUCAGCUCUAUAAUUUUAUAUUUAUGUUAUUUUUUUUAUCCCUUAUUUUUGGAGGUAAAACCACUACCUACCUUUAAUUUUCAAAUGGCAACCUACAUUAAAAAUUCCAUAAAUUAAUGGAGUAUUAGUUAAAACAAAUUUUAGUGCUAACAUUUUUGAUUUCCGUCUAUUCCUCGACGAAAUAUUCUACUUAAGUUUGUGUCGAGGGAAAGCAGUGGAGCACUGAUAAUAAAAUACUGUACACCGAACCGCCACACAAAUGAUACUCCACUACUCUCCCCCUAACUAAACUUAAAAGUGAAAUAUCACGUUAACAGGUUGGCAGAAAUCAAAAAUGUUAACACCAAAAUUUAUUUAAAGUAAUACUCUGUCUAUUUAUGGAAUUUUUUUAUAUUAGUUCUCAUUUAAAAAACUCAUGUGAAAAUUUAAAUGUUGUAAAAUAUCUAAGAAUUCUAAUCAAUUUAACCAAAAAAAUAGGGUGUGCACGCUUAGUGAAUCCUUCUGUAUAUAAACCAGCAUAUAAUUAAUACAACUACACAUUAAUACACAUAAAUAUAGACAUGAACCAAACGGAUUAAAAAAAGAAAAAGUAAAAUCGGUAUUAACAAAUAACAGGAUCACCGUUACCUAAUAAAAUAUAAAUUUUAGCCGCAUACCGAUGUCUUACAAUAUAGUACAUACACUUAAUACUUUUACAUUAUAUCUAUGUAUUCAAUGUGGAUAUAGCCGGUAAUAAAUCAAUCUAGAAUCCCCGACGUAAUAACAACUAAUUUCACAAUUGUUUUAAACAAUUGCUUGACAUUGGAGUCAUAUUAUGUCUUUUUAAAAUAUGUAGAUUUAAGAAUUAGGGGACUCAAAAAAUACUAUUAUGGGCAUAACGAUGAGUACUAUAUCGUUAUUAAAUUUCAAGCAGAUGAAGCAGACCGAGACCAUUGUAGUCUAUAAAAUAGGCCGAUUAACGAGAACGUCAAUAUUCGAGAAUAAUAUCAAUGCUAUUAUUAAAACCUGUAUUUCGAUGUUUUCGAACUGUUGAUAUUUGUAUUAAUUUGGUUUUUAUUUUAUGCAAUCGAAUAAUCGUUUGGCUUGUUAGACAUGCGCAUAUUUCCUUUAUACCCAAAAUUAUAAAAUCGGUGAAAGCGUGAACGAAGGAGCAAGCGGGCGACUUGACGAGCGAGCGAAUAUCUUAUUUUCGGCAAUCGGUAAGCCCGAUCAGUAGGCACGACUAUUAUCUAUUUCAUCUAUUUAGUUCUUAGUUGACUGUUGAUUGUUGAACAAGUAAAUUAUAAAACAAUUAAUUAUAUUAUAUUAUACGUUAAUUGGAUUAUUAUUAGCUGCAAACUUAAAAAAUGGAUCGUAUAGUACAUAUACUUUACUUUGUGCGCCCACGAGUUCACAAUUUAUAAUAAGGAAAAUAUUGCAUUCAGAUAAUAAUUUGAAUUUAAAUUUAUUCAAUAGUAUAGCGGAAUCUUGGCUUGUAGCCGAUAAAUACUCAUAUUUUUUAAUACAAUAUAAGCGUUUUAAAAACAAAUAUUACGCGUGUUUUUAACGGGACACUUAAAUAAUUGUUCGGAUCCAAUUAUUACUGAUACAAGACCGAUAAGAAGAGCAUGAUAACGUGGACACUACUAGGUAUUUUCAUCGGGAGGCGCAAAAUUAACAUUUGAACUCGGGCGUGAUGCGCGCGCGAAAUGAUCGUCAGUGUGAGGCAUAAUAUUAUAAUAAUAAUAUAUACGAUACGAUCCGGAGGCGCGUCGGACACACCGCACAGUUCAGAUGAUAAUGUAAUACACCUACGUAUACACUGCAGAUGGACGCACGCAAAACAUUCGGUGCUCGGAUAAUAUACGUGUCUGCGUAUAAUAUACCGUGUGUUUGAGAGAGAGAGAGAGAGAGAGAGAAAGAGAUAUUACGUAUAGCGAACGCCGCGAGUGAGACGAUAGAGAGUGGACCGAGUGGACCGAGAGGACGCCGAGGCAGAAGAGUGCGCGCGCGAUGAGUCAGCGAGGCGCGCGCGGACGUUUUGAUGUGAGAACCGGACCACAUGGUCCUCGCGGGUUUUGGCAGCAAUCGAACCCUUUGUUCGCGGACGCCAAAGACGCCCUCUGGCUUUACUGUAUUGUACACGUACACACACACACACACACACACACGCGCGCACACACACACCGACGAAAACUCCUAUACGAUCGUAUUUAUAUGUAUAUGCGCAUAUUGUGUUGAGUAUUUUACAUUGCACGUUCUCCGCCGACCAUCAUCCGGGGGCUUAAGCUCGACUUUUAUCGCUAUUAACAUCGGCGUUGACGGGCAGCGAUGCGGCGGAGCGCGAACAGGGUGACGACCACCGAACGCUAUAUAGAGGUAUACAUUCGAUUUGUUUUCUCUUACAUCGAUGACUUGGGAAAUUUGGUUUACAUUAUUGACGAGCAAGAGCGGACUACAUAUACGUAUAAACAGAGGGUCGGCGGAUGCCGGAUAUUCAACGUGAUUAUAAUCAUUCGCGCAGUUUAAAUCCCCUAAUAUAAUAUAGUCCGAAAUCUAAUUCUAAAUUUUGGCAUCACCUAAACUACCCUGUAUCAUAAUAAUGUAUCCUGUUCAACUUCCCACUAAUUAUUACACCAGUAUAGUCUAUACCAAUGCAAGCAAUAUCGCAAUCGGUUCAUUUUUAAAUUAAUAUUAUUAUAUUUGCCUUACAGGAGUUGAUAUGGAGUGCAAAAAUGUCGGAAACCUCAUCCCCUAUCGGCAUACCACAACCGACCAGUCCUCAGGGUUCAUUGACUCUGUUACUAUCGCCAACUUGGGAAGUCUUACAGGUAAUCAAAACUAAAACGUCAAAAUUAUAAUCGAUGUAUUAUAAAAUAUAAUAAUUAACACUUGCCAAUAAUACCUAUAGCAAAAAAUACCGAUAAGUUAAUCAGUGAAAUUUUAUUAAUAAAUAUGCAGCUUUUAUUUUUAAACGUUAACUCUUACCAUUAGUACCCUAAUAUAAUCUUAACUUGUGUUUAUAAUAAACUUUUAUUUUUAUUUAUUAACUGAUAUAUAAUACAAAACAGGUGUCUAGCACAUAUCAAAGUUAAUGAUUUAACGAAAUAAAAACAAUAUAAAAUAUUUUAAAUUUAAACUGAAAUUCCAGUGUUCAUUUUUUAAACACAUUUUUUAUAAAAUAUAUUAUGAUAUUAUGUAUGUGCUAUAAUAUUUAUUAUCUUAUAAGGGAUGAUGGGCAAUUCAACACAUCGAUAGCAUCGAACAUCAAAAUCGAGUUAUUUUUUGGUAUCAAUUUUGAGAUUUUAUGGUAUGUUAAAACAAUAAGUGGCAACGAGGUCGUGGUUGAAUAGAUAUUGGAUUAAAUAAAUAAGCUUUAUAUAUUUUAUACAAUGAGUUUUUACAUCUAAAUUCUAAGUAGGUAGUAUUUUAUAAUAAUAAAUACUAAUAAUGAUUCAUAUACAUCAAUGGUGUAACAUCAUAUUAAUAUUAUUUUUUUUUUAUAACAAAAGUAUCGAGAAUUGAAUUAUUAAUAUCACCCAUCUCAAUUUAAAAAAAAUGAUAUAAUAGUAAUAUUCUAUUUAUUUUAAACUAUUGAUUAAAUAGAUCGACUAAUUAUUAUAACAGACAAUUCAACAAACACAUCUAAUAUUUAGUUAUUGUAUACAGCUGAUGUUAAACAUAUCAAGUCGAUUGUAUAAACACAAUGGAGUAAGGGGAAUUCAUAUAAUAUACUUUAUACGCGAGGGUUGACUUUUUGACUGCCCGCCUACUUUUCUGCGGGUGGCGAAAGGUGUGCCCCUUUAUCCAAUCGUCUGUGAUUGAAGAUUAAAAAUGGCGACCCUGUGCGAAUACAUUUAACAAAUACGUACAGAUAUGAUUUGUACUAUCGCCGUAUAAUAGUAACAUAAUCGUUUCAAAAUAAUUUCCAUUUUAUUAUACCGGUUCAUCUAGUUGUUUUACCAUUUAAAAAGUUAGAUUCUGAACGUAGCCGAAGGAUCUAUUAGUUUAAAAGUAAUGUAUGUUUUUUUUUGUCUGUAAACAACUUUUCUACCAGAAAUAUUACUCCAAUAAAAACAUAACAAAGACAUUUUUUGUAGCAUUUUAGAUUUAGUUGGUUAAAAAAAAAACAUACAUCGCUUUUCCAAUCAGUUUUCAGAUAAACCAGAAAAACCAGAAAAAUCGUAAAAAAUACGGGAAAAUUUAUAUCAUUGGUUUCGUUAUUUUCUACUUUGAUUUUUCAUUGUAAAUCGGUAAUCAAUUUUCAUAAAGAGCUGAAAUUUUCACAUUUUUAAUUAUAAAUAGGCAUUUCACAAUUGAUAGUAUUUUUAUACGUAGUUUUUUUUAUAUAUUCUGUAGAUAAAAUAGUUAAACACAAAUGCUUGAACAUUAUACAAAAAAAAAAUGUUCGAGGUUUAUUAUUAGUUGUACGUUUCAAUGUUGAGCGUAAUGCAGUAAUUUUUAUUUUUGUAACCGUUUUAAGAUCAAAUUUAAACAAAAAUUGUUAACAUUUAUAACUGAAUUUAGCUUAGAAAAUAUAAACAAAAUAUUUUAUAUAUCCUACUUCCUACCUACAAAAGUGGAGCAACCAUCAGCAGUAUCAGCUCUUUUUCUUUUUUUAUCUGUAAAGAACUUUAUGAUUAUAAAUCGAGCUCCAAUCGAAAAAUGAUAAAAUACUUUUUUUUUGCAUUUCGGAACUAUUAAGUGAAUAAGUCAUUUUUUGAUUUUUCAAUUAGUUUUCAUAAUAAUUACGGAAAACUGAAAAAAAUCUGAUAAAUUUACGGCGUACGAUUUUAUCACUUUACAUUUUUACGAAUUACUUUUUUUAUCAGAAAUCUUAAUGCAGUCAAAAUUGAAUUUUCAAUCUAGUUGAUGAAUAAGAAAGCCAUUUUUCUGAUUUUUCGAGAUGUUCUCAUAAUAAUUGUGAAAAAACAGAAAAAGCAUGCAAAAAAAAAAAGUUGAUACUGCUACAAAUUGUACCAAGUUUAGAAAAGGAAAAUAUAAGUUUCCAGUCAAAAAUUUCAAGUUUCCAUGAAUAUUUUAAAAUUAAUUACAAAAUAAAAACCAAAAAAAAAAAAAAACAAAAUUUAAAAUAGUAAAAUCAUUAUUUUUCAGUUUUCCCAAUUAUUAUGAAAAUUGCAGGGAAACAUAAUUAAAUAAACAACUUUCUAACUUCUGUUUUUCUGUUGGAGCAAUAUUUCAGAUAGUAAACAUAGUUUGCAAAAAUAAAAAAAUAAUGAUAUCGGUAAAGGCAAGUCGAUAAUUUUUUUCUCAGUUUUUCUCAAUUAUUAUGAAAACCCUUUGGAAAAUCAAAAAACAUGACCUUCUCACUAGAUAAAAUAUCCUUGGUGCCACACUUCAUACAUCGGAGGAAGAUUUCUGGUGAAAAGGUUGCUCAGGCACAAAAAAUAAAAAUAAAACACACCAUAGUAUCACUCCGUUCGUAAUAUUAUAUGGUUUCAUUAUAUUUUUGUGUUCUAAUUCAGUUAAAAAUAUUCGUUGCGACUUGAAAUGUUUACAGAAAAUUUGCCUUUUCUAGGCAUUGUAAUUAUUACGUUAUUAAUUUUCGUUAGGUACUAUGUCACUGCAUAGUCUAUAUGGAUAAAAUUGGUUGACCAAACAGAAAUGCUUGAAAGGUUACACAAUAUUAAAAACACUUCCCUAACAGUAAAAAAGUUACACUAAUGUCUAACGGGGUAAUCAAAGAAAUCUCUUUCGAUUAGGAGAUACUGAAAACCAAUAAUAUUGGGUAUAGCACGCAUUACCAAACCUAACCUAACCUAACUUAACCUUAACCUAUAUCUACGGAUAAUUUUAGUACCUAUUAAAUUAAUUAAUAUAACGUGUACAGUGUACGCGUUAAUAAACAUAAUAUAUAAAGUUAAAGUUGAUAUACUUUAAAAGUUAACACACAUCAAAAGGUGAACAAUCGACUGCUUAUAGUAUUGAAAAAAAAAAAAGUAGGAAGGUAGGAUACAGAAAGGAAUUUAAUGUAUAUCUGUAAACAACAAUAAACCAUUGCUAACGAAAAAACGAGCAGAGUACAGUUGAUAGUGUUGUUUUGUUAACAAUAUGUAUAUUAUAUUAUGGUAAAAUAAUUAAAUAGGCAUUAUAUAUUUUUUUAAUAAUAUUUGUUUAAUGUCGAUUCGAUUUUCCCGGUUUUUCGUAUUUGCUGGAAAAACUCUUGGGAAAAUCGAAAAAUACCUCCCCAGUCUAAUUUCCUUUAGAGAAAAAAUUUCUUAAAGAAAAGUUGCUACACUUAAAAAUCAGAGUAACAUUUCUGGUAGAAAAAUUGCACAGAGAUAAAAAAAAAAAAUGAACAUCUUUGUAAAACCAUAAGCUUCUUCGCUCCACUCAGAAUCUAAAAUAACAUUGAAUUCGCGUACCAAAAUAUAUUUGUAUAAUAUUUUAAAAACCUACUUGGUCAUUGACAAAAUGACAUUGUUGAAUGUUUUUGUACAGGAAACCACAGCUCGGUUACUGUUCAUGGCGGUCAGAUGGGUCCGAUGUCUAGCUCCUUUUCAAACGCUUUCUAAACACGAUCAGGUAUAAUAAAAGAGUAAUAUUUAUUCUGUUUCACAUUAUUAUAUUAUUUUAUUUGACGCGCAUACACUUAAUUAAAUCUCCCCUUUUAAACUAUGGGUGCCCAAUUCGUUUAUAUUCAUACUAUGAUGUAUGAAAAUAGAGUAUUUUUAAAAAAUAUUUUAAUAAUACGAAAAUAAUAUAAAAAACUGUAUAAAAGUUCGUAAAUUUCAAUACGGAAAAUCGACUGGCAGUCAAAUGCCAAUUUCAAAUGCCUUAUUGGCAUUUUGUCAAAUGUCAAUAAGUAAUUCAUCUAAUACACACCACGAUUUUUCAUAGUGGCCGCGUAAUUAAUAAAAGUGUUAUGUAAAGUUAGAGAAUUUUUCUUUUUUUGUGCCCCAAGUCUGUUUUUCCUAUUCUCUGUACCACAUCGUUGACAAAAGCGUAAAUUAUAUGGAUUGGUGACGGUUUUCCAAAUUGUGUUAUUUUUUUGAAAUUUUAAAAAAAUCGAAUGAUCGUCUUCAUAAUAAAACUUUUCCCAACGAAAGGAAAUGAACACGUCCAUUUUUACGAAUAAAUGAACUCAAAUUUCAGUCCAAAAAGCCAGACAAAACUGAUAUGAUAAAAAUUGUCUUUGACGAAUUUCAAUUUUAAAAACGAAUCAUGAUUCUUUAAGUUCUUUACUAGGACAAAUUGGAUUUUUGUUUAAUUCUCUUUAUCUUUACUAAAAAUCAAAAUAAAUUUACAUAUUUGAAAAUUGUUUAACUAUAAAACCGAUUUGUUUUACAAUUUCCAGUAAAAAAAUUGAAUUUCUAUUUAUAACUUAUCCUAGUAAAAAACCAAAAAAUCAUGAGUUUUCAAAAUUGAAAUCCACCAAACUCAAUUUCUACUGCAGUUGUAUCUAGCCUUAAGGUACAAAUACUAAAAUAUGGGUCAUCAAUUCACAUAAGUGGAUUAUAAUAAAGUCCACCACCGCUAUAUAAAGACGGCAACGAGCGGUAUUCGUUUUUUUAUUACUUUCAAUUGUCUACUGAUUUUUUUUACAUGGUUUUUGUAUUUUUAUUUGUAAUAUAAAUGUAAAUGUCUUUUUAGAAAAUUAACUUAUUAUAGCAGCUACCUAAUUAUUUUUAAAACAUAUUUUGUUUUAAUGCAACUAAGUAUGUGUAGUUGUACACCCGAUUUAAAUGUAUGUGCACCAAUAUAUACAUGUAUAAUAUUAUGAAGUACAUAUCUAUAAGAACAUCUUUUUUUAAUUUUUAACUCAUUACGGUUUCAUAGCUACUACUGCUACAAGAGUCUUGGAAAGAACUGUUUUUAUUGCAUUUGGCACAGUGGUCAAUACCCUGGGAUUUGUCACCGUUACUGAACUCAGAAAAGGCUCACGAAAGGCUGCCGGCAGACGAUACGCAGGUCAAUAACGAAAUGAAAAUCAUACAAGAGAUAUUGGCACGUUUUAGGCAAUUGUCCCCUGAUGGCAGCGAGUGUGGUUGCAUGAAAGCGGUUAUUCUGUUCACACCAGGUUAGUAGGUAGUACCAACUACUAGUAGUGAUCUACGAUUGAAUUUGAUUCGUUAUCAAACACCAAAUUGAUUUUAUAUUGAACACAAAUUGCCAUUAAACCUUAAACCAUUCCUACAAACAUAAUAAUCUAUACAUAUUAUUAUUACAAAUUUCAUUUGUAAUUUCCUCAAUUCUGUCUUCCAGCCGUUUUAUCUAUUCUUAUUAUAACAUAUUAUUUCCCAAUAUUUUUCUUUUCAUAGUUUCAUCUCCAUAAAAACGUGCAGAUCCUAUACAGGUUGGUUCAAAAUGUAUGUUACAGUCAUUUUAUCAUAUACUAUUCAAAAUAAAAAUAAAAAAAAUACAUAAUACAAAAGUUUUUCGAUUUAUAAACAUCUCAAAUAAUUUGUACGUUUUUUUUUUUUUUAAUGUUUUUUUGGGGGGAGAGGAGGGAGUUUUGAAAUUUAAAAUUAACACGAAAAUUGAUUUUAACUAAUACUUUAAAUAUUUAUGGAGUUUUGGAUUUAAAAAGUUGACCCCUAAAAAAAAGUAAAAAAAUUUACAAAUUAUUUUAGAUGUUAUAUAAUGGAAAAACUUCUAUAAUAUUCAAUUUUAUUUAUUUUUAAUAUUUACAUGAUAAAAUGGAACAUAAAUUUUGACCUCUCUGUAUAUGAGUAUACAAAAUGUUUCCUUUUAAAGGUAACACGAAACAUUUCUGUACAAUCACAUGUGUUUUUGGGAGAAGUUAUAGGGAGUACUGAAAUACACAUUUUUGGACAAUUUUCAAAUUUUAAUCCUUAUUAUUGUGCGCAUGUGCAAUACAACUUGCAUUCUUUUAAAUGGUAACAUGUAUUUCAAAUACUAGAUUUAGAUGAACCUCAUUUUGACCUUCUAACCAUGGCUCUAAAACCAAAAUUAACUGAAUGACAAUUAGUUAAAUCUUCAAUUUAAAUCGAUUAAUUUAUUAUUAAAACAACUUUAAACAAAUUGACCCAAUUUCUGUAAUUUCUAUUAUUUAUUUUAUACAAUUACUUAUCACCAAUACUUAUCUUAUAAAUAGUUUGAAAUUGAGCUUAUCAUUAUCCAUGUAUGACUGUAGUUGACCCAUUACUCAAUUUCGUUUUAAUUUUGUGUAUUUCAGUGUCCCCUAGCUCCUAACCCCAUUUCAAUCCAAAAUUACUAGGCAGAAAUACUUCGUGUUGCCUUUAAAAGGAAACACAUUAUGUUUUAUACUCUCAGUCCAACGUCAGUGUUUACAAAUAUACUGGCAAUAAUAUUGUGAAUCAACCUAUCAUUAUUUUAAUUGGAUGAUAUUUAAAAAAAAAACCCCAUUUUUUAAUUAAAUAUAGAAAACUAAUAACUAGCUUUUAAAUCUAUAGAAACACCGGGCCUGAUCGAUGCUCAACCUGUGGAAAUGCUGCAAGACCAGGCACAGUGCAUAUUGGGCGACUACGUGCGGGGUAGGUAUUCUAGACAACCCACCCGUUUUGGUAGGCUGUUGCUCAUGUUGCCAAACCUGCGGGCUGUCAGGCAGGCGACCAUCGAGAGACUAUUCUUCAAAGAGACCAUCGGUGACAUACCCAUUCAAAGGUUGUUAGGCGACAUGUACCACAUGGAAAAAUCGUACGCAUAAACGGUGCAGGUUGAGUUACAGGUUUUACAAAAUAGACUUACCGCACACUAUCUACGAUUUAAGGCGUCUUCGCGUGAUGUACUGGAAACCUAUAAAAAUGGCAUAAACCACAAUUUUGUUAAGUGUUUUUGGUGUGAAAGCUAUCCUAUAUUCUUCUUGGAC